AUGUGCCGGGUAUGUCGUGGUGAUGAUGGUCAUCUAUACUACCCAUGUCUUUGUACCGGAAGUAUAAAAUAUGUUCAUCAGGAGUGCCUCACGGAAUGGUUGAAAUAUAGUAAGAAGGAAGUUUGUGAACUAUGCAAUUACAAAUAUUCCUUUCAACCCAUCUAUCGACAAGAUAUGCCGAAAGCACUUCCGUUAGCGGAAAUUCUCAAAGGUAAUGUUGUAGCAGAUUGCUAUAAUAUCUCAAAUGUAAACUAUGCUAAUCGUUGA